GGUUUCGAGUGCGCAGGCGCGCAACAAAGAGUCCUUGGAUGCUCCGUCUGCUCUAGGUUAAGUGGACGAAUGUCAAAAUGCAGAGUUGUAACCAGUUGUAUCGCACCCUUGCCAAGCGGGGCUCACGUCUUCCAUGCAAACUCCAUCCAGCAACUGCAUUGUCUGUAAGGACAUAUGCAGACAAAGCCCAGAUUGAAGCUGAUGUAACUGUUGUGGGUUCGGGGCCUGGAGGUUAUGUCGCCGCGAUUAAGGCAGCGCAGCUUGGCUUCAAGACAGUAUGUGUGGAGAAGAACGCCACCCUUGGGGGAACCUGCUUGAACGUUGGCUGCAUACCAUCUAAGGCACUCUUGAACAAUUCUUACUUCUAUCAUCUUGCACAUGGAAAGGACUUUGAAAGCAGAGGCAUUGAAAUUUCAGGAAUAACACUCAACCUGGAGAAGAUGAUGGCCCAGAAGAGUGGGGCUGUCAAAGCCCUGACGGGAGGCAUUGCACAUCUAUUUAAACAGAACAAAGUCACACACGUCAAUGGCUAUGGCACCAUCACUGGGAAAAACCAAGUCACAGCAAAAAUGGGUGAUGGCACUGAGCAAGUCAUCAACAGCAAGAACAUACUUAUUGCCACUGGAUCAGAAGUCACCCCUUUCCCUGGGAUCGAGAUUGAUGAGGAGACCGUGGUGUCGUCCACUGGCGCUCUCUCCCUGAAGAAGGUUCCAGAGAACCUGAUUGUGAUUGGAGCAGGAGUCAUUGGAGUAGAACUGGGCUCCGUAUGGCAGCGACUGGGAUCCAAAGUGACAGCCGUCGAGUUCCUGGGCCAUGUUGGAGGCAUGGGCAUCGACAUGGAGAUCUCAAAGAACUUCCAGCGCAUCCUUCAGAAGCAGGGCAUGAAGUUCAAACUGGGCACAAAGGUCAUGGGAGCGACCAAAAGAGCCGAUGGCCUGAUUGAUGUUGCGAUUGAGGCAGCAGCUGGUGGCAAGAACGAGACCAUGACCUGUGACGUCCUGCUGGUCUGCGUCGGCCGGCGCCCUUUCACCAGCCACCUGGGCCUGGAGUCUGUGGGCAUUGAGCUGGACAACAGAGGCAGGAUCCCCGUCAACAACCGCUUCCAGACCAACGUCCCUAGUAUCUUCGCUAUCGGCGAUGUGGUGGCCGGGCCCAUGCUGGCACACAAGGCCGAGGACGAGGGCAUCGUCUGCGUGGAGGGCAUGGCAGGUGGCGCGGUCCACAUCGAUUAUAACUGUGUGCCCUCCGUCAUCUACACGCAUCCUGAGGUGGCUUGGGUGGGCAAGACUGAGGAGCAGCUCAAAGAGGAGGGUGUACCAUAUAAAGUUGGCAAAUUCCCCUUCGCUGCAAACAGCAGAGCUAAGACCAAUAAUGACACCGAUGGGAUGGUGAAGAUCUUGAGUCACAAGGAGACCGACCGGAUGAUGGGCGCUCACAUCCUGGGAUCUUCGGCUGGAGAGUUGAUCAAUGAAGCGGCGUUAGCGAUGGAGUAUGGAGCAUCAUGUGAGGAUGUGGCCAGAGUAUGCCACGCUCAUCCCACUGUGUCCGAGGCCUUCAGAGAAGCCAACCUAGCCGCCUCAUUUGGAAAGGCGAUCAACUUCUAGGCUCUCAUGGGAUCCCCCUGUACUGUACAUACAAGUCUGCAAGCUGUAUAACCAUUUUGGACCUGUCCACACACACACUCUGUUGACCCUUACCCCUGGGUGGUCAGAACGUUCCCACAUUCAUACCACGAAGAUAUGCGUCGUUGUAUGACUUUUAGUAUAUUAUUUAAUAAAUGUUUAAUAAAGGGGUUUGGGUUUAA